AUGUUUGAUCGCUGCCCUGACCAUAACUCCGCCCCAACCGUAAGGACUGUGCUGCAGAACGGAAAAGAGAAGGAAAGGAAAGAAGGGAAAGAGUAUAUGAAAGAAGAAAUAAAAAGUAAGACACAAACUAAGAAGAAAAGGGAAGACCUGACAAAAGAGGACGAAUGGAAUAAGGAAAAGGUAAAUAAAGAGAAGAAAGAGAAAGAAGGGAUGAAAAAAAAAUAUAGAGAGAAAAGGAAAGAAAAAGGAAGCAGAUCAACUGAAAGAAGAAAAGACAGAAAAGAUGAAAGAAAGAUGAUAAAAAAAAGAAAGAAAUCAAAGACCAACAGUAGAAAAAUAUUCAAAACAAAGUGA